GGAUGAGGGUCAGCAGCCUGUACAGCAUCAGAAAUAACAAAAAGAGCAAGACUCUACAGGUUCAAGAACCUGAAACUUCCAGGUAUAUUGAAGGAGGGGCAGGAAGAGUCUGUGCAUAUCAGGUUGGGAAGUGGAUGGUCCCAUAGUGGUGAAGGCUUCUGGCACCAGGAGAAAUACUUCCAGUUUCUCAAGCAGGUGUGCCAUUGUAAAAUAGGUUCAGUGCACUGGAAGAAGACACAUGACUGGAAGCUCUGUAUACAGCAAAAUAUCAGAUCAGCACCCAGUGGCGGCGGCAGCAGCAGCACCUGACAGUAGUGUGGAGGCUGUAGCCUCCAGGGGACAGGCCUCCAUCUUAGCUGCUAUCUUAAGGAGCGUUGCUGCUUCUGAGUAUCUCUGAUCAGGGAUGUUAUGGAGGGGCUGCCAAGUGUGUUUCACCCUGGGGCUACUUAAUACUGCAGCUCUUCCACUCGAGUACUAAUGGAUAUAGCAAGGGGAUGUCUGGAGCUUAUCAGUCAUGAGUACAUGGCUUUUGGAAUGAGGGUCAUGGGCACAGGAAGCCAAAUGCCUUUUCUGCAUGAUCCUCUACCCCAUUCCCUGCACCCUCAAGAGGAACAGACAGAUCCUGCCUGUCAACAAAUAGUUGCACAGUUGAUAUUGAUAGCAGAGAUUUGGAUUUUAUGACCACGGGAUUCCUUCUGCAGAUCAAGGACUACUGGGAGGAGGUAACAUCCACCUACCCAAGUCAAGGUGAAAGUAUCUCACCCAACAGGAUGAGCAACCUGGAGAGAAGGGACAUGAACUAGAAAUUUCAAUAGAGGAAAAUGACUAUCCACAAUCAAGUAAGGAAAUAGUGAAGUUGCAAACAAAGAGUAUAGGCUGAUUUGGAAAAGAGACCCCUUGUAAUCACCAGGGCACAGCUGAAGGCAGCCCAUCCCAGGUGUAUGUGCUCAAACAUGGAAGCAGGAACAGGACAACAUGAUGGGGGAAGCUCUCACUUUUUCUGAGGAAUCUGCAGGAACAAGUGCCCCUGAAGUGCAUCUACACAAAUGCAUAUGGCAUAGGGAAUAAACAGGGGUUUGAGAUCUGCAUGCAGUUGCAGGGCUGCAGUUUCAUUGGCGUAUCUGAUGUGGGAUUGCUCACAGAGCUGGAAUGCUGCAGUGCAUGUUUAUGGGCUGCCUAGGAAGGGAAGCAAGUGAGAACCAAACUGUCACAGGCUUUUAAUCACUGGCUGAAUGUUCCAGAAGAUAAAAUACAGGUUAUCAUUGAAGUGACAGAGAUGUUGCACAAUGCAAGCCUACUUGUGGAUGAUAUUGAAGAUAACUCGAAGCUACGACGGGGCUUUCCAGUGGCACACAGUAUCUAUGGAAUUCCAUCUGUAAUCAACUGUGCUAAUUAUGUGUAUUUCCUUGGCUUAGAGAAGGUUUUAACCCUUGAUCAUCCAGAUGCUGUUAAAGUUUUUACCUGUCAACUUCUGGAACUCCAUAAAGGCCAAGGCUUGGAUAUUUACUGGAGGGAUACUUACACCUGUCCAACGGAAGCUGAAUAUAAAGCUAUGGUACUGCAAAAGACAGGUGGUCUCUUUGGAUUAGCUGUAGGCCUCAUGCAGCUGUUCUCAAAUUAUAAAAAAGACUUAAAGCCACUUCUUAACACACUUGGCCUCUUCUUCCAAAUAAGAGAUGACUAUGCCAACUUGCACUCCAAAGAAUAUAGUGAAAACAAGAGUUUUUGUGAAGACCUAACUGAGGGCAAGUUCUCAUUCCCAACCAUUCAUGCAAUUUGGUCAAGACCUGAAAGUACUCAGGUGCAAAACAUCUUACGUCAAAGAACAGAGAACAUAGAUAUCAAAAAAUACUGUGUACAUUACCUCGAAAAUGUGGGUUCCUUUGAGUACACUCGGAAUACCUUGAAAGAGCUUGAAUCUGAAGCCUAUAAACAAAUUGAAUCACUUGGGGGAAACCCCGAGCUUGUAGCACUGGUUGAACAACUGAGCAAAAUGUUCAAAGAAACUGAAAAUUAAAAACUUAAUUCCUGGGGUGUAUUGAAACUUUUUAAAAUGGGAAAACAAGCAGACUAUCUGAGAGGUGUGAUAAUCAGUCUUGCUUAAAGCUCUUCUAGCCACAUUACAGAAAUUGCUGUUAAAAACAAUUUGUCACUGAGUAUUAAAAUAUAUACCCUGUUAUCUAUACAAUCAUAACUGUAACUGCUUACAGAUGGCUUUGUUAAAACAGAUGUACUAGAACUGAAACAAGUUUUGAAUCUAAAUGUGAUAAUCAUUACAUAAUCAUAAUAUUAUUUCAGGCCAAAAUCUCAUAACUUUAACCAGGCUAGUGUAGAUUUCUGGCUGAAGUGGUGUUAAAUGAAAUGGGACUGACCUGACUGUAUUGUGCAUUUUCAAACAAUGCUCUAGUAAACCAAAAUGUACAAUCUUAAAUAACAAAAGAAGAUACUUGCAACCACAAUGCACAUAAAACUGUUGUGUGAUGUUUCAAAGUUAGACUUGGGAAGAUCAAAUGGAUCAGCAUACUAAGUUCUAAAGUGAAUAUCUUAUCCAGAUUGAGGAUAUUUUCAGGGUAAUGCAAAUUAUGAAAGAAUCUUAUUUGCAUAUAAACAGUCUGAAAAAGUAGCUUUAUAAAGAUUUCUAAAUACCUUAAAGAUUCCAUUGCAUCAGCAAAGCAUAAAUUUGCUCCUGAUUCAAGCUUUGCAGUGAAUAGUUUUGAUUGGCUGGUUUUAAAUUUUUACACUGUCAAUGAUUUUGUAGCCAGGGACUUAAAUCUAUGCAUUGGAGCUCAUAUGUGUAACUGUAAAUAACAACAUAGUAAGCUGCAACAGAAACAGAAUGGGAUUCACACCAGGUAACUUCAGGACACCAUAAUUGGUGCAGUUCUCUUUAAUCUCUGUUUAUAACUGAGGGAGGCUUCCAGGAGCUGUUUCAUAGUUCAUACUGCAUUCCUGUUCUGAGUUGCUAUCUGGAGGCAUGUUAUAGGUCUCUCCAAAGAGAAAUUAUGUAAUUUUUUGGUAAAACCAAGUACAGCAUCUUAUUCUACAAGCUAUAAUACCAUUUCAGUUUUGUUUAAAUAAUUGCUUAAAUAGUGCUUAAAAUUAUGUACACAAACAUACUGAAAUAGACCUGGAACUGAGUGCUAGAUUUGAGGAGGGAGUGCUCAUAUGUGACAUAACAUUCUGCUUUUCUAUUUAUAUAAACGUGUGUGUGUGUGUAAAUAUAUGUAAAGGUGAACAAAAUGUAAGCAGAGAUGGUGGUUUCUUCUUGGCUGGGCUCACUUCAAUCAGGUUCAGUUCCCUUAGUCUUCACAGCUACAUGAAGCUUUUCUUUGGUGUAGGGAGGUAAUGGUUUGGAUCAAAGGUAGGCAUGGUGCUAUCGGUGGUGUUAGCUCAAGCAUGACCUCAAAAUAAAUGGCCAGAGGUCCUGUGCUUUUGACAGCUGAAGGACAGUUUUAUGCAGGUGUUUAUUUACAGUGCCUGGAAAGCAAGGAGAGUCAUGACCUCAAUCCACUGAGCAAACUAACUGAAGAAGGUUGCUGUAAUGUCUUCUGUGGUCAGCCUUAAGAUUCUUCUGAAAGGGAUCAAGCAUGAAAGAAUUCAGGAUGACUGCUCUCAGUCAGACCUAGUUAUGGAUGAUAGCCUAUCCCUGUUAUCUACAUGCUGAGGAGGAGUCUUUGCUCUAUAACAAGGUAUGGAAUAAUAGCCUUUUUGCUGAAUGGACUUGGUUGCCAGGACUAAAUAGCUUGAGGUUAGUGAAAGGUGGAGUUUUUUUAAUGUUAAUGACAGUUAAUUGUAUUUUUUUAAUAACUUGCAGUGCUUAGUAAACCUGGGAAUUUUUAAUACUUUGUGAGAAAAUACUGUCUGAAGUACAAUGUUUAUUUUGUGCCACCUCUUCUUGGAAGUUGCUAAGCUCUGUUGCAGCUGGUGUUGAAGGGGAGAGCACUGGAAAAACUAUUGUCAGGAGAAUCUCCUAGUCCUACUGUGAAAUAUAUCCUUGUGCCUAUUAGGAUGUUGUAGCUAACAUAUACAAUGCAAAGUGCAGUCAGUGCCAUUUCAUGUCUACUCAGUUGCUGGAUGUAAACAGUUCCGUGUAAUCAAACUUUCAUGAUUAGGCAGCUCUUAUUAGGUAGCUCUUAUUUUUAUAGAAAACUUCUCUAUUAUCUGAGACUUCUGAUAUGUUGUCACUUCUUUGAUUCAUUCUAGCAACUCACUCCAAUAUUUAUUGUAAUACCAUAUCUUGUAGAAUAUGCCUUCAUUAACACAGGAGAAAGUACCUUGGAAGCUUUUCCACUGUAGGCCCCUUAAACCGCAGAUACGUAAGAAGGGAAAAGUGUCCCCAGGAAAGAAAGCUUGACCAACAAGAAACCAUGCAGGUCUGUCUUACUGUUCUGCCUUUCAAGGCUUUUGAUACCGGUAUUCAAAGCGUACCUUGAAGGUAUAUUUGAGAAGACCCAGAUGCAGAGUAUUAUUAUUCUUCACUUUGGUUAGGAUAAAAUGAGGUCUCUGGUUUUUCUUGAUGUAUGCAGGAGCUGGAAGAGGCUGGGAUCUUUUCCCCUUCAUCUGUUAAGCAGGUAGAGCAUAUUUAAGUAUUAAGCAUCAGCAGUGAUGAUGCUCUGUAGUCAAGGUACAUUUUAUAUUUUGUGCCGUAAGAUGAGACUGUGCAUCUUCCUCAGUAUUCUCAAAUAUUAACUCUGGUACAGGCUCCUGGAGUUAAGCCAUGUUAGGAAAAUCACUUCCUUAAAGCAGCAUGAGAAUUCUUGUCUGCAGAAUUAGUUUAGUUGUGUAAGUGCUACUCUGUUGCUAUGCCUCCCUCAACAUGGGGAGUAGGGUUUAUGCUUGAUCUUCACAAGAGAUGCAUUGCUGUGGAAUGGCAAUGUGGAAUUGCAAGUGGAAAUGUGUGUGGGAAAAUAAAGGGGAUGCUGGUUUAAUAUCAGUCCAUUUGAGCCAGAACUGUUCCCAUUAUUGUCUUCCUUCCAUUGCAAACAAGUCCUACUUUGAUCAGGGGGUUUAGCUCUUGCAUUGCAUAUAAAGAGGGAGGCAAAUACUCAUCAGUCUCCAGCUUUUCCCCCUAACCUUGAUCUGUUUUCUCAUUGUGUGCUUGCUUGGGUGUAAAUGAAUGUUGUCACCUGUCUUUGAGUGGCCAGUUAUUGGAUGGGUCCUCGUCUCUGCUUCUUCAAAGAUUGAUGUUAUCCCCAUCCAUUCUGGUAAAAACUGCAUCAUUUCGGGAUUUUCUGAAGGAGAUGGUUUGUCUUCCACCUCUCCCUUAGAGCUCAGGCUUUUCAGGUGCCCACUAAGUGCAGCUUUGUAUGUAUCAGCCAGUUGGUGAUACAGCCUAAAAAUGUUCAUGACAGUGGGAAGGUAGCUGUCAAUACUUCUUUAUGCCUCCAGCUUCAUGGUUGAUUUUGCUAACUAUGAAAUAUUGAAAUGCCUCCAUGUGAUAUGGAAAUUUCCUAUAUUAAUGGCUUCUUUCCCCAGUUACUGUUAAAAUGCUAACAUGGUAUAAAAACAUGGGAUUUGUCUGUUAUUUCUUUUUCACCUUAUAUAGAACUGGUUUGAACUCUAAUGUGUCUUUAGGAGUGAAUUGGGCCAGGCUUUUAUUCAUGUGCAAGAGCUAUAUAGGUGUCUAUUGCUCCUCUUUGAUCUGUCUUAAUCUUAUAAUUUUACAUUUCGGGUUUGAUAUUUACCAUAUUCUUUGUAUUAUUUGCUCGAUACUUUCAUUGUCAUUCUUGUAUUUUCUCAGCUAUAUUUCUGUUCUGCUACUAAUACUGUAGCACACACAAUACUAUCAAACUUGGUUUUGAUCCUGAACAAAAAAAAAAAUAUUUUGGGUCUGCUUUUGAAACAUUAAAUCUUGGCUCAUCAUAUGUCUUGAGAAAAGUAAUCCAAUAUUUUCUGUGAUCCUGAAAUGUCAAACUUUUUUCCAAUAAGCUAAACCCUGUAAUGUAUUUUAUAUUGCCAUAAAUUAUUUUUGUCCCAUUUAGCUUGAGCUCCUUUCCCUCUGCCUGCUGUCUCCUUUUAACACCUAGUUUGCUUUGGUGGUAAUGUUCACUAGGCCUUUCUGUGAAACAACUCGCUAGCCCUGGGGCAGAGGAGUUAAUAUUCAUUUGAGUUAAUGAAUUAUCCCACUCAGCAAGAGCCUGAUGAAUUUUGGAGCUGGCAAGUGGACAGAGGCAAGAACAGAGCCAGGGAAAGGGUUGAAGAGAAUAAGAAAACCCAUUUUAGGCUCCAGCGGCUGCCUCACUUUAUUUCACCUCAUUUUACAGCAUCUCCUUCACUUUGUUAGAAAAGGCUAAGAAUGCAGUUGGUUCACCUGAACGUCUUGUCUUGCUUUCCAAAUGGAAUGUAAGAGAUAUUAAAGUUAAUUAUUUAUUUUGAUAGUUAUUUAUGUAACUUGAAUAUAUCAUCUUAAGGUUUUGAUUAAAGGUGAAGAUUGUUUCAUUACUGUAUUUUUCUUUAACAAUUUUUCUAUUCUUGAAGCCAGGGAAACAUAAUCUGCCAUGUGCCUACUUGGCUUAAUUGCUACCUCACAUUAAACAUCCUUCCUGAAUAACUUUUAGUGUAGCUGAGAACCUGAGUUCACCAUUUCUGCAGCAUUAUUUUUAAUUACUUUAGAAGGUACCUUUGUGAGUGGCUAGGAACAAUACAUGAUUCAUUAAUUCAUUUUCAAGCAUAUUAUCUGCAAACGUUAUAGUGAAGAUGCAGGUUAAACCACAUGAAUCCUGAUAGUGUUCCUCAUCUGUAUGCCCUAUUAUGGAACAAAUAAGUUCUCGCUUAACUCACUGGAAAGGUAAUUUACCAAGCAUCUGUUUACUACAGCAUUGAACCCAAUCUCUUGUAUUUUACACCAACCAAAAUGAAUGUUCACUAAAUUCUGAAGUUAAAUAAUUUUUCAUUUAGGUGUUCAUAAAAUGUAGAAGUUGCAAUUCUAGGUAAUGAGGUGAAAAUGUUAAGUUCCUCUACUUUUUCUUAUUAGCAUUGGGACUGUCCUGUUUCUUGUCAAGUACAUUGCAUAAACUAUAGCUGUUUGAUUACAGUGCUAAAGCAGAAGAAACAAUAAAUAAAUAGAAUGAACUAAA